AUGAGACACAUUGGUGCUGUUGUCAGUCUUUUGUUAUGCUCAGUUACUGCACAUGAGUAUCGUCCUUUUGACAGGUCGCAAUUGAGUUUAGAGUCCAUUUUUGAACAAUUUGACUAUCCAUCGCUUGCAGAAUCACCAUGGAAGGUAUCUAGGGCAAAAAAGUAUGACGAAGGGAGGGAUGAAAUUGUUCAGUAUAAAGGGGAAUGGGCGAUUGAGCAGCCGCGCCUCUAUCCAGGAUUUGAAAAUGAUUUGGGAUUGGUUAUGAAGUCAAGGGCAUCACAUUAUUCAAUCGCCUACAAACUACCACAUCCCAUCAACAACAUCGACAAAGAUUUGGUAAUUCAAUACGAGGUGAAAUUGCAAAAGGGGUUGGAUUGUGGUGGAGCUUAUAUCAAACUUCUUGAUGAGUCAACCAACUAUCAAUUUCUAAACUCGGAAACCCCCUAUCUGAUAAUGUUUGGCCCUGACAAAUGUGGUAGUGAAAACAAAGUUUACGUGAUCUUGCGAAAGCAAUUACCUAAUGGCGAAGUUGAAGAGAAACAACUACGCUCUCCACCAUUGGCCAGAAUUAACGACUUGAGCAAUUUAUAUACAUUGAUUAUCAGACCAAAUAGUGAUUUAGAGGUUCGCAUCAAUGGCAAAGUUGUGGAACUGGGGAACCUCGUUACCGACUUGGAUCUAUUUUCACCAACAAUGAACCCUCCAAAAAUUGUUGAAGAUCCAAACGACCGAAAACCAGACGACUGGGAUGAUCGCAAACACAUUCCUGAUCCAAAUGUGGAACCACCUGAGGAUUAUGAGAAAUUGCAUGCGCACCCCGUUAUACCUGACCCUGAUGCAGUAAUGCCAGACGAGUGGGAUGAAUCUGCACCUCGUUAUAUCCCCGACCCAAAUGCUGUGAAGCCUGAUGAUGCACCACAAAAUUGGCAACCACCAAUGAUUGUCAACCCCAAAUGUGAAACGGGUUGUGGUAAAUGGACCCCGCCAAUGAUUGCUAAUCUUGAUUACAAAGGUCCAUGGUUUGCGCCAGAGAUUGAAAACCCAAACUUUCAAGGUGUUUGGCAUCCACGAGAAAUUGUCAACCCGGACUAUUAUGAACUGGAGAACCCAUACAAAUUGGAUAAGCCAGUUGGUGGUCUUGGGUUUGAAUUAUGGAACAUGGAUGGUGAAGUUUUAUUCGAUAACAUCUAUGUAGGAAACUCCAUUCCUGAAGCUGAACUAGUUGGCAAUAAAACAUUUGUGGUUAAGCAAAAGUUGGAGUAUGAACACAAGGUGAACAAUCCACAAAAAGCACCAAAUGAGCCCGUAGCUCCACCUCCAAAUUUUGAUGACAUUUUGAAUGAUGAUUCCAUGUCCACCUUGCGUCAAUUUGCCAUCUUCAUCAAGUUGUUGACGAGAAAGGAAUACUUGGACUUUUCAGAUUUUAUUUUUGAGCUUUUGCUUAAUCCAGUUAGUACUGUGGUGAGAUACCCUAUUAGGACUGUGAUCUAUUGCUUUCUCGUGUUGUUUGUGAUACUGGUUGUCGGUGGUGUGGCCAGUGUUUUGGUAUUUGUUUUAUCUAGCCAAACUGUAGAUAUCAAUGUGGAGGAGGCUAAAACAAGGUCGGAUGAUGGAGAUGAUAUUGUAGUGAUUAACUCAAAUGCAGUGGCGGAAACCGAAAGAGAUAGCGGUCUGGCUUUGAGACAACGAUGA